UUACUUAUGAUAUUUUGAAAUUAUGACAGCUUCCGGUCCUCAUGGUUUCGAAAACAUCGAGCCACUAACAGGAAACAACUUCCAAACAUGGAAGGACUCGUUGCUAUUGCACUUGGGUUGGCAUGAGGUUGACCUCGCGCUCAGAGAAAGUAAACCAGAGGAACCUCCAAAGGGUGCCACUGGGUAUGCUGAGCUUAAGAAAGCCUAUGACACUAAAGUUGAGCAGUGGGAGAGGUCGAACAGAAUGGCACUCCUAAUUAUGAACUUCUCCAUCUCAACUGAGAUUAAAGGGGCUAUUCCCACUAAAGAAAAUGCCGCCGAAUAUUUGAAAUCGGUGGAAGAACAAUUUAAGGGCUCAAAGAAAGUGUAUGCUGAUGAGCUUUUACACAAGCUGCUUGCAAAAUAUGAUGGGCAAGGAAGUGUGAGGGAACACAUAUUAAGUAUGAGCAAUGACGCGGCAAAGCUUAAAACCAUGAAAUGUGACUUGAACGAAGAGCUUCUUGUGCUCCUUGUUUUUAGGUCACUACCCUCACAGUUCAAUCCAUUUAAGAUAAAUUACAACUCUCUUGAAACUAAAUGGAAACUACCUGAGCUCAUUGCACAUUGUGUUCAGGAGGAAGAGAGAAUGAAAAGUGAACAAAAGGAUCAAGUUUUCCAUGUUAACUCUGGAAAAAGGAAGCAGGAGAACAAUGCUCCUGGCAAUAAUGUGCCCAACAAAAAGCAGUUUUUCAAAAAGACUCCUCCAAAACCUAAGCAAUGCAAUGAGGCAAGCUGUUCACGUCCUGCUCCUCCAGCGGCUGCUCCACUGAAUCUCAAAAAUGCCGCUGGAGAAAUGUUUGCAACUUUUGCAAAGAUCCUGGUCAUGUCAAGGCAGACUGUCCUGGUUUUCUCAAGUGGCUGA